GCAACAAUCGAUGAUGGGACUGGGCCAUGGCGACCUACAGGCCACGGGACGGAUCCAUCUUCUGUAUCAGCCGAGAAGCUUGAUUGAACCCAUUCAGCACUUCGGCAUCGGAGAAGAAAAGAUAUUCAGGAUGGGUGUUACAUUUCCGUCCACGUCCGACCGGCCGCCCUAGGAUGGACUUGGACUUGUGAAUCCAGUUGUUUUCUGGAAUUUGAAAUCCUCCAAGAGCAGGUGCUAGUGGGGAGCACAGUGCAACAGCAGGCCCUUACGAUUGUGUAUACGGAGGCUGUAAGGCUGUAGGCAGAGCCAAGUUUUGCUGAAUGAAUGUGUUUUUACGCUAGUGCACUAUACUCUCGCUCGGUGGGAAGGCAGGACUCCGUUCGGUGUUGUGGCAGGGAGAUUUAUCGAUUUAGGGAAUGGGGGAAAGCUUCGCCGUUUGUGCGUGAUGAACGAGCUGCGAACUUGUGCGAGAGGGCUUCCGAUAUGGUGAUGGGUUGUUGUCAAUCGUAGUCGUAGUCGCGUGGGCUCUUGGGAGUUGCUGGGUUGGGAAGGGACUUGGGGAAGCUUCGGCAUGUAUGAUAAAGUUGCUUAUUAUGUGAAUGCGAUGUGCAACAAGCUGGUGGCGGACAGUCAGUGGAAUGGUUACGAAGAUGAAGUUGGUCUCGGAGGGGUAGGAAAGCUUGGGUGAGAGGGGAACGACCCGACAAAAAGUGGUAGAGUUUAUCGUAGUUGUUCGGGUCGUCGCGGUGGAAUGAUGCGGGUGGUUGUAUGGUGUAUGAACUGCGGUGAGUUUGCGCACUAAGGUAGCAAGAUAUAAUUGUUGGGGGGUUUUCAGUGUAUGUCUUGAUGUUCUAUUGCAAUCUGUUGCUGGCUGGCGGCGAUAUCAAACAGGUUUCCCGUGGAGUUGGUGCGUCCGUGUGGCUGUUGGUGUUGGUGUAGAGACGGCUGCCUGUUGCAGGACCAAGAUAACAACGGCCGAGCUCCGAGUCAUAGUCAUAGUCGUUGUCGUGUGUUUUCGCUGAAGCCAUACGGUUUUUCCGCCGCCAGGCGAGUGCUUCAACAAGUGUGUACGUGGGGAGUACCGCACCCUAGGUAUCUAGAACGGGGACCAAUUUUUAGAACCUUAUGUUCAGCGAUCGAGCAAUGUGUCAGUCGUCAGUUGCUAGCGGUACGAGUAACAUCGUGAGUGAGUUUUUGUGAACUUGUUUGCCAAACUUGGUUCCCACUUUUUGGGUUAACAAAAUACUGAAUUAGCAUACAAAUUGGGCUUUCUUUUUAAGUUGUGUCCCCGUUCUAGAAAGUGUACAUUCCUUUUUAGCUUCACUAAUAACAGUUUCAAAUGAAUCUCUUAAUACAGUACAUCACCCCUGUUUACCCGUGCAAGUGAAUUCCAGAACAAAAAGAGCUAAAAUCAACAGCCACUUAGUUAAAUAAAACUUGUUCUUCCUCCUUCCGGUGCAGUGGUAAACUUUUCCCUUCAAUCUGCACCCCUACAAUCUGUUGUUCCUUUUCUGCUCUUGUUUGUUUUCACGAAAUUUUCCGAACUCUUCUUGCCAGUCCCGGGAAUCCGGUGUCAUUCUUUUCUUCGCCAGCUGGUACUCUUUUCCGUUUUCUUGUCUACUCUACAACUGGAAAUCCGAAAAGUAUUUGAUCAAUUUUAAUUACUUUUUUCCUUCACUCUGCCAGCCUCUCAAAUCUCUUUUUCAAUCAUUUUUCGCACCUGCCUCUAUCCAAUAUUUUCAAUCAAAUUAAUUACACUCUUUCCUCUGGUUUGAAAAAUUGCAACUGCUUCCAUGUCUCGAAACACAAGCACUGAUUGACACGUUCGAUAUUCGAUCGAGCCUCUGCCCGGUCCAUUCCCAGUUAAUUGAAGUUUGCAAAAGUGAUUAAUCCGCAGAAGAACUCUUUAAACAAUAAAUCGGCGAAAAAAUAUCAGUACAAAAGUGGUCACAUCGAAACAUUUUCCGAUCCGCUUGAUUGAAGUUUGAACAACAGCAAGCACCAAAGUAGUCAAACAACUGCGAACACCAACAAAAAAAAAACAAAAAAAUCCUCGAACAAAGUUAAAUUGAGUUAAUAAACAAUGAAGCAAGAACACCCCUCAACUCCCCCCUUCAAGAGGGCAAGGCGACGAAGCGCGAACUCACAAAGCCGAAGUGCAGAGAGCCUCUGACGGCAACGGCAUCAUCGAUUGCAUAGAUCUCACUCCAGUCCAGACUUUAUAGUUAGCAGCUGUUAGCAAGCAGCAUCCGCGUGUCGUGCAUUUCCGGGUGAGCCUGAACGAACGAGAACCACCAGCAAGACUUUUUUUUCGCGAGUUUUCCGUCCCUUAUUCGCGCGCCGCACCCAACUUUGAUCUUCUCCGCGGGAACGGCAGAGUGCCCUCAGUGCCGCUGUGUGCAGAAGAAAAAAAAAACAGUCAGUGAGCCGCCAGUGAGAGAUGAAAAUUCACGACCCAGCGCCGACAGACAGAUCGAAAUCCGUAAGGAGGGAGGUGGGGACGUGCCCAGCCCAUCCCCGCGCGGCAGUCAAACUCCACAAGAUGUCAUGGAAAUUGGAUUGCAAUUUUUCAUACUGGAUGAUUCCGCCCCAUCAAUGUACAAACUUCGGCGGUAAGUACCUUUCAAUCAACACGUUAGAACAAUUCAACCGAAGCCCAACCAAACCUCCAUGUCCAGCCAACAAAAUAACCAUCAUUGACCUAAGCAUUAUAAUUAAAUUGGAAAACAACUUCGUUCGUUUCCAUCCCAAACCCAUUUCCAACCCUUUCCUUGCGGACGGACGGGCGGACGGACGGACGACCGCUCGAUCGUUUAUAGGAAAAUCAAACACAGCACUUCCUGCCAUUAGUAGCCAUAUCAUAAUUCCGCGCUGUGAUGUUCGAUGCUGCCUGCCUGUUGAACAACGGGCCUCCGGCGGCAGCAAGCAAACUACCUACUACAGUUCGGACAUCCGCAAUUCAUUACCCUAGUUGCCUGGUCCACACUCCGGCAGCAGGGGUUGGUAAAUUGCGACAUACGUUCGA